UACAAGAGUGAUACAGUGUCUGCAAUCACUGCAUGUAAUGUGCAGCUGCCUCUUUGUUUACUUGAAAAUGUUAUAUGCAAAUAGGUCAGCUUACUCCAGUUUUGUAACUCUCCUUGUAUCUGUAGACACUGGUUGCCAGUAAUCCUGUGCAUUGAAAGGUUAUACAUCUUUUGUUCCUUAAUCUCAAUUCACACAUAGUACAAGCCUGCAAAAGAUAAAGCAUUGUGAAGGUUUAGUAAAUCAAUAGAAAGAACCUAGAACUGUGUAUGGUGAAUAUGGCAGCUUUUAAUAAGUGAUCACUUUGUGCAUUCUUGUUGACUGUGUGACUGAAUGGAAAUGAAAUAUUUUGCUGCUGGCUACCAGCAUCUAGAUCCAGUCUUGCUACACUUGCUGUUAGCAGUUAAACAAGGUAUAAGUACGUCAAGUUAGAAGUCGCAUCACACCAUAAACAUCACACCAUCGACUGUCAAGAGGGAUGAGAGCUUGGAGGUCAUUUUUGACCAAGAUAAAAAGCAAUACAUAUCAUGUGAUCUUUGGUACAUCCAGAUAGAGCUACCAGGAAUAAUUUAAUGUCUCCAAGGACAUUUGUUGUGUUGAUAGAAGAUACAUGUACAUAAUUUAUGAAAUUAGAAUAUGAGGGAGCAGUCAACUAAAUGUGAUGUAUUUGUUUAUUUGCAUAAUAUGAAAGCAACUAGUCGAUCUUCAGAUACAUAUCAUCAUAAUGAUGUCUGAUUUUACUUGGAUGCAUAGAGAUAUCAUCAUGAAGCAAGCAUACAUGGAGACUGCAGCUGUAUAAGUCAUUUGAUGAGGCCAAACAAUUAUUGGCUACAGUGUACAUGUAUAUACUGUGCAUUAUUGCAAGAUACCUGUACAAUCUGUAGACUUUGCGGAUUAUGUUCGUCUGACUGAAUUUUGAAAAGUGAGGAACAGACUAUUUUUAGGGUGUACUGGUUACUAUGGCAACCAGUGGCAACCAGAAAACACCCAUUCAUGAUAACCUCAAUGAUGCCAUCUCUCAUUUUCAACAACAGAUUGGUGCUUAUGACAAGGAAUUGUGGGAGGAACACGUGGAACAAAAAGAAUCACAGGGUCUAGGAGUGGAUACGAGUAGUGCUCAACUAAAGACUGGAAGAGUAAAAACAGAACUGAUUGAUGUUGAUUUAGUGAGAGGUUCAACCUUUACCAAAGCCAAACCAGAACAUGCCUGGCUUGCCACAACGUGGAAGGGCCUUCUCCGUGUGUUCUUCUUUCCAUUUUACUUCACAUGGUGGAGGCAGCAGCUAUCAGCAAGCACAUUUUAUUCAACGCUAGUCCUGUACUUUCUACAACUUGUGUGUGUCGCUAUCUUCUAUGUUUUUCAACCAAGCACAGAGCAGCAGGCCAUCUAUGUGUUUGAAGUCAUUGGUCCUAUUCUACUGAUGCUGGUUCUGGGAACAACAUAUACUCAGGUUGUCUCUACAAAUGCCAAAACAAAGUCAUUGUUAAGAAGAUCAUCUCGAAGAAACUUGCAUCGUUCACAGAGUGCAAAGGGUAGCAGUAGCAAAACAGCAAUCAACCGAACAUCACCCAAAAAGACAAGGGAAAGCCGUGACAGAGUAAAGCCAACUUCACCUAAAAGAAAACCAACAAUAAAAACUGUGCACGGGUCUACAGACAACAGUCCUUCACCCAACUCAGACAGUGGAGAAAGCCUCCCGGCAAACGGUAAGGCUAUUGUCGUUGGGAAGGGGAAGAAAUUGAGUGGCGAAGUUUUGCAGAAUGAGGAAAACGCAGAGAAGGAGGACAAGGAUGGUCAUACCAAGUAUGUACCAUUGGAGGGUGGGGAGGAGAUAUCUGGGCGCGCUGAUGAGGAUUUCACCCUGCUCAACACCCCUGUGAGUGAAAUGGAGGUGGCUGGGAAUCUAUUGUCUGUGGAAAGCCUGGCCAGUGAAUCGGGGGAAUCCCCAACGUCCAUGUUGGAUCGAGAACUGGAGAGUAUCAUCAAGGCAUCUCAUAGACAAACUCACACGACAGAAGCAUACAGCAGGAGGAAACAGAAAGAAUCCACCUCUCCCAAGAGCCUGAUGCAGAAGCCUAGCACCAGUCCAUUAAGCAAGGCUCCCAGGUCAUGCCUCUCUUCUAGAGAUCUGAGAGAAUCUAGGAAGAAUAGAUUGACAAGAGUUUCAAUACUAGAAAAUGCAAGAAAGUUCUCGCCAGUUGAAGAGGAGAGCCCUCAGGAGAUCCUACAGCACAUGUCAGACAGUGAGGGUACACCUUCAGACAGUAACCCAAUCAGUCUGACCGUUGAGGAAGAUCCCCUGCCCCAUGCCAGGGGGAGAGCUGGUGCUAGGAAGGGUCGAAGGUCAAGGGUUAGAAAGCCUGAUGGGUCACAGGAUUCGGAAGGGGAUACGUCGCCAGAUCUGAGGAUGGAAAGCGAGCAAUACUUUCAGCCGAUAUCCCGUCCCACGGAUUCUGACUUUGAUGAGGGUAGUUGGGAGGAGACAGGAGCUGAAGGCUCCAGCUUCAGCAGCGACUCUGCUAACUCAUCCGAUACUGGCUCCUCCACCUCAGACGAAGGAGAGGAGGAGGAGAAGGAGGCAGAGGGAAAAGGGUCUGGAGCAUCACUUCACUUUGAGGAUCCCUUCAAGCUGAUCCAUAGUGCAGUCAGUUCUAGUAGUAUCUCAAGCAGUGGAAUCAAUAAAGUUCGUGUGCGUAUCUUUGAAGACAAUGUGUGUAAGAAGACAGACAUGACUGUUCUUCAGAUCAGCUGUGCAAUCAAUACCAAGGUCCAUUCCAUACAAGCAAGCACUGAAUAUAUCAAGCUUGGAUUCCUGUGUUCAUUCAUUCUUGCCGUUAUACCAUUUACAUACAGGAUUCACAUAACCCACCACCAAGAUGAGAGUCAGCUUGCAUGGAUCUCGCCUCAACUUCCCAUGAUGGCAGUAGAUACGUUGAACCACAUGCACUGGGCUAGUAUCGUCGUCAUGGUGCUGACAUCGUUUGAAAGGUUCUAUCUGAGCUCACUCUUCUUCUUCCUCCUAGCCGUAGCAGAAAGAACAUACAAGCAGCGCUGUCUCUUUGCCAAGUAUUUCUCCCACCUGACGUCUGCUCGUAGAUCAAGAAAAUCAUCCCUUCCUCACUUUAGGUUAGAUAGGGUUAGUAACAUCAAGGCAUGGCUCUCUCUUAGAUCCUUCCUCAAGAAACGGGGACCUCAGCGAUCAGUGAAUGUCAUAGUAUCUUCUGCGUGUCUCCUGACUCUCAUGUUGGUGUCUAUAUUGUGUACAGAGCUCCUUCAGCGGAGUGUGAGCUUCUUGGGCGAGCUGUACAACUGGGAGGUGGUUGCCUGGACGUUCUGUCUCAGCCCAUUCCUCCUGCGUUUCAUCACACUCGGUUCAGACAUCAACAAGAAAUUCAGGAAUACUUCUGUCUUACUGACAGAGCAGAUCAACCUGUACUUAAAUAUGGAGAGGAAACCUCAGAAGAAAGAUAACUUGAUGCUUGCCAACAAUGUACUUAGUCUUGCUUCAAAGCUAUUAAAGGAUCUGGAUUCGUCAAAGGAGGUAGAGACACCGUUCAAGCUGUCUGGUCUAUCUAUGAAUCCAGUCCUCUACAAUAUCACCAGGGUUCUGGUCCUAUCUGCCUUCUCUGGGGUUCUUACAGAACUUCUUGGAUUCAAGCUAAAGUUGUGGAAAAUCAAGGCCUGAAUGUCAAGCAGAUGUCAUAUUUUACUGUGACUAGGCAGUUUGAUGGAAAGAGAGCUGUAUGAGCAAUGGUUCUCUUUCGUUCGAUCUCUGAAGACUCUCUCCCGUCUGACGUCAGUUGUAUUCUACAUGUAAAUGGCAUGCAAUAGGGCAGCCAUCUUGAAACAGCGUACCCAGAGUUUUGAGAAUUAUGACCGUGGUACUGGAGCUAUGGCAAAACCAAAGUUAAAUUGCCAGAGUUUUUGUCUUAUAUUAAGAUUUGCCGGAAGGAACUCUGGCAUUUUAUGCAGUUUUGUGAUUUUUUUUGCUGUAGAAAAAAACUAGCAAAAUUUUUAUGCCAUUGGGCCCUAAUGUUUGCCAUGGUUGUUUUCACCUAAGUUGUGAGAGUCUAUGCUUUAGUUUCAAAUUGUGUGCUUGUGCUGCCCAUUUUCUUCUGCUUAAAAGGUGAUUUGAAAAUAUAAUCACUUACCCAACAAUGAAUUAGUGUGAGAAUCUGGAUAUGCAAGCAAUUAGUCCUGCUAAAUCGACUGGAAACUUGUCUAGGUUUUGAACCAACAAUACCUGGACUAUAACCAAGAGGGCGAGGUCAUGUAGUCUAGACUAAAUCCUGCACUGUGAUCACUGAAAUGUUUUAUUUAUAAAAGUACUGUUGAGAGUAAUCUUUGUGAAAGCUUUGCAAUUCUUUGAAAAACGCCAGAAAUAUUUUGUUUACCAUUAAUGAUUGCUCUGAGCUACAUGAUGCUUUGUAGUAGUUUUAAUCAAUUUCAUGACUGAAAUCUUUAUUACCUCAUUCCUUAAAAAUCAUAAGCCAAAUAUUUAGUGCUUAAUAAUUAAGAUGGUAUUAUUCUAUAUCUCCUAAACUUAUUUAAUGUAAAUGCAUGAUGUCAUUGACAUACUUAACCAGGAAAGUGGAAUUCAAUAUCUGAUUUCAAGUCCCAUCUUAAAUUCUUUGUACAGUCAAACAAGGGAGUUAUUAGUAUUAAAUACUGUACUAAUUGUGUACCUGGGGUAACCACUUCAGCUAUUGCUUAUUUUCUAGUUGGCCCUGUAUAACAUAACGUUAUUACCUGUUUCCUUUCUUAAAAGUCAAGUGCCUGACAAGAAGGCAGAAGGUCCCAUUCUUUAAGUUGGUAUAACUCUGACUGAGAUCGAGCCCACCCACUCCUGUUCAUGAGGGGGUUGCUCUACCAAUGAGCUCAUAGCAUUCCCAAGUUAUUUUUAUAUAUACUUGUACAUUUUAUGAUUUAUGCAUUCCAGAUUAACAUGACAGAGGGCAUCACAAGAGCGUGUGAAUUGUAGAGGGUGCAAUGAGGACCGAGAUAUUGACAAUAUUCACUUCGUGUUUUGUAGAGUAUAAACUCAAGAUUUAAGUUUGACUGCAUUCCACAUUGAAAAGCACUUGAUAUUCCCCAUUAGGGAUGUAGUUGAGGCCGGCAGUUCCGCAUCAUGAGGCCACUAGAGAACACCUUGACUCGGGCCGAGGCCAACAAAAUGUGGCCUGGAGGCUGGCGUUGACCACAUCCCUGGUUCCCAUAUUCAAAAUUCUUGACUUAUACCAGUUUUUCCAUUCUUAAUGUUUUGUAGAUCUAUGAUAUAUUAUUUGCCGUGGUGCUUUUGUGACUUGUGAGAAGAAAUAUUCCAGCCAUUAAUAUUGUUAUCUUGACCAAAAUAGAGUAUAUUUAUUCACAGCAUUGUAGAUUUUAAUUUGGUUUGUAUGCGAUAGUUUCUGUUUGCUGUUUUAAUUAUGCUCCAUAGCAUACUGGUAUGCUUUAAUAUUUGUUAUUCAUUCUAAAUGUUUUAAUUCAACACCACCAAAUGUUUUUAAGUGAGGCACAAUCUUUAAAAAAAAGUUUUUUAGUAUAUCUACUUUCUAGUCUAGAAAUAGAACAGAAAAAAUAAUUUGAUCAAGAUUAAGUUUAUAAUGAAUUAUGUUGAAAUUGACAGAUACAUGUGUAAGAAUUGUGAAAUCAUGUUCUUAGUACUAGUAUUCUAUAAUUGCGAUAUCCAUGUUUCUAAGCUAUCAAGAGAUGUCAUCUAUGCAUCAUUUUAUUCACUCGCCACCAGUUCUGAAUAACUUCGUUUUAUAUUUUCAUGCCGUAGAUUGUUAUGUUAUAUUUCAAGUUAGUUGAUGACGUUGGCUCAACUGAUAGUAGGGAAUGUUUCUAGUCAAGACUUCAGUAUUAAUUACAAAGUACUAUAAUUUUGAUAUUUCAAAGAAAAGUAUGUUAGUACAUUUCCUCCCGUCACCCCAUCCAUUUUUUUAAUAUAAAUCUUUCAAUAGCAGUUUUCAUACAGUGAAUAGCUAUAAUGUGUAUUUCAUUUUUUAAGGCAUAGUACUUUAUCACAUUUUCCUGUGGAUUGCUGAAUGUACUCGCUAUCUUGUCGAUGCGAACUACAUACAGCUUGCCUCAAAAGUGAUAGUUUGCCCAUCACCUUCACCAACGGUGACUAGUUGCUUAAUUAUCCUUUUGAAAUUGGGGAAACACUGUUCUCCUGAUUGCAUUUAUUCUUAAUUUUCUUUAUUUAAACUUAUUUGAUUAUUUGUAAAAUAAACUGAAUAACAUAGUUACCCCCAAGGAAAGGGUUAUGCAUAGGUGUUCUUUUGAAAAUGUUCUGAAUAUUGCACGCAACAUUUAAGCUUGUGCAGGCAUAUCUGACAUACAUGUACCAAUAGCAAUAGAUAUUGUUUCCAUGGCAUUUUGACAGGAGAGGGAUGACCCAAAUAUGAGUUUUAUAUGUUUUAAUAAUUGGGGCAUAGCUUAUUCUUAAAUCCGAGCCAUCUUUCCUUCCUUCCCCCCCCCCCCCUUUUCAUCUCUUCCCAAAUCAUGGUAUGAGUGGGGUUGUCAUAUCUGUUUCCUGUUCUUUGGAGUUCAUUGAUUGAUAACAAGGCGAUGAGAACUUGGUUAAUGUGUUAUUUUGAAAAAAACAAUUUUGUAAUUUCUUAUAAUAAUGAUAAGUAAACCAGUAUAUUACAGUUCAUAAUUUAAUAUUUCUUGCCACUGCCCAAAGACUAGUCUAGACCAAAGUCAUUCUUAAAGGAAGCCUGUCUGUCUAUGUAGUGUUGUCAAGGGGAAAAAUCAGAGCGAUAGACACUGUGCCUUCAAAAGGUGUGAUUUUUUAUUAAUAAAUGAUAAUACAUGAAUUACAUGUAAUAAUCCGCAUUUUAUAUAGUGCUUAAUACAUUGGAACGACAUGUCAAAUCGCUUUUCAGAUAUAUUAUUACCCCAGUCGUUGGAUUCAAUCAGUCAUUCCAUAUUAUUACAUCAUUGGUUAAAUCAUUGUCUACACAUACUUUAAACAAAAUGACACCUUAAUGAUUGAGUUUCAUGCAUUAGAAAUAUAAAAUCUGGUCAUUUUCAAAAAUUGCAUGUUUUUGCAAUCAAAUUUUCAUGUUAAGUGUUCUUCAUAAGACCUAUAUACUGAUUGGGAGAAGCCCCUUCUCACUUUUCUUCAUUUUUUUUUUCAUUUUGAAAAUGAAAAAUAGCUUCCCCCUUUUAUAUGUACUUGUACAUCCUCAUGGAGUCUCAAUAUAAUUCUUUCCCCAUCUGUCACACAGGUUUGCAAAAUUUAAAGGUGAUUUGAAAUUAAGAAAGAGCUGUAGAAUCUAUAUUGAAUUACUUCACAAAAUACUGUGAUCUUGGCAUCAUUCUCUUUAGUACAAGAAGCUUCAACUAACGUAAAAUCUUCAUUUAGUAUCCAUUUCUGUCCUCGAAAUACAUGCAACUUAUCACAAUAUUCUUUCAUGGUAGCAUAUAAAUAGUUGCAAGGUUUUUUUUUGCUUUGCACAGUGAAUUUCAUUCCAAAGCUAUUUUACAGUGUGUCCCAGAAUAAACUCAACCGAUAAUUAAAAAUGAUUUAUCAUAAUUUAACCUCAAUAUAUUCUACUUGCUCAUGUGUGAAUGAGUAAUCGUCUGACUUAUCAGAUGAAAGAGGAGACUAACAUUUUCACAUUUUCAAUGAUAGGUCAUUUGUCUAUUAUAUUUAUGAUCAAGUUAUGAUAAACCAUUAAUAAUUCUGUCUUUUUUUUCUAGGAUGCACUGUAUGAUAUCUGUGUAAGCAAUGCGAAUAUGUAGACAAUUUUGAAUAUAUGUAUAUAUAUAAGGAAUAGAAGUGCAAUAUCAUCCUACUUGUUGCAAACUGGAUGUAGAGCAUUUGUUUGUACUGAUUUUUUAUAAUUGAUUGUUGAUGCUGCUAAAUCUAAAAUGUGUACUUGUUUGAUGAUUAUUAUUUAAUUAGUUAAUGACCGUGAAUGUAUGUAUAAUAAUAGCAUUUUAUUCCACAAGAGCAAAUUUUAACCAAAUAAUUUAUAUUCCAUUUAAUUUAUUGAUUAAAACAUUCAGUAACAA